ACCGACCACCGCCAAGCGCCAAUUCUCCAAAUCCGCCGCCAACCAACGCGCCUGCUCCUCCCAAAUCCAAAUCCUCUUCUCCCAUCCGCUUCCUUCUCCUCCUCCCCCGCCCAUGGCGUCCUCGGCGGUGGCGAGCCGCAAGCGCGCGGCGCCCUACGAUCUGGAGCCCCGUGCCUGCUGCGGAUCCUCCCCGGCGAGCGGGCCGAAGCGGCGGCGGUACAACUUCGGGAGCGCCGAUGACUACGAGCGCCUCGACGUGGUCGGCCAGGGCGCGUUCGGCGUGGUGCUCAGGGCGCGGGAUCGCCGCACCGGCAAGGUCGUCGCGCUCAAGCGCCUCAUCGGGGCGGACGAGGGCGGCCGCUUCGCCCCCGACUUCGACGCGCUCAGGGUGGAGGCCGCCUGCCAGCACGCCUGCCGCGGCCACCCCAACAUCGUCCAGAUCAAGGACGUCGUCGCCGACGCCAAGACAGGUGACCUCUUCCUCGUCCUCGAGUUCGUCGGAAGCAGCCUCCGGGAUGAGUUCCCCAGGGCCCACCCGGAGGACAUCGUCCGCGCCAUGAUGCGGCCGCUCGUCGACGCCGCCAAGAAGAUGCACGCCUCGCGCGUCAUCCAUCGGGACAUCAAGCCGGAGAACAUCCUUGUCAGCUUCUCCGGGCAGCUCAAGAUCUGUGAUUUCGGGGCCGCCACGCUGAUGAAGCCCGCCGGGAAGCCGUACGACCUGUGCCGCCCCGGCACGCUGCCGUACACCUCGCCGGAGCAGCUGGCCGGCAACCGGUGCUACGGCCCCGCGGUGGACAUGUGGGCGUUAGGAUGCAUCAUGGGCGAGCUCCUCACCGGCGCGCCGCUCUUCGGAGGCGACAUGACUGAGGAGGAGCUGCUCGCCGACCUGUCCGCCAACCUGGACGACCAGCUCAACGAGCUCUUCUAUGAUGUCCUGCCGGAGCUGUCGCCGGCGGCGCGCGAGGUCCUGUCCGGGCUGCUGGCGUUCGACCCAGAGAAGAGGCUGACGGCGUCGGAGGCGCUGGAGCACCGGUGGUUCGCCGAGGAGCCCAAGAAAGCAGAGUUCCCUGGCUUCGUGCCUCUCUUCGGUUAGUCUGUCAGUGUAGAGUGUUGGUUUCAGAUUGUCAGUCUGCAUGUAACUUACUAGAACUGUUAGUCUGCAGUCUUGUCUUUAAAUUAGCACUGAUGAUUGGUAGUCUUGUUUAGGACUGAUGAUUGCAUUAGCAAAUUGGCAUUGCAAUCAGUGUAAUCUUUUUAUUCCGAUUUAUUCAUAGUAUGCAUAUUUAUGUAAUCUUAUUCAAUUUGUAUAAAGCAAUUCUUAUGUAAAUCCUAUUCAAUUUGUACAAAGCAAUUCAAGGCCCUAUUUAUUCAAUAAAAUUAUCAGACUUUUUUCA